AUGCUCACAUUCAACUCACUCUCGUACCUCUACUACCGCCCGAAGCACGGCUUCCUCCGACAUCUCGCCACCAACACACUCCGCAUGCUUCAGUCACUCCUCACGCUUGGAUGCGUGACCCGCCGCGACCCCGAGGAGUGGAAGAUCCCCAAGCUCGCCAAGCACCACCGGCACCUCGCUGAGAUCGGCGAGGUCAGGACGAUCCCUCCUACCAGCGCAGACAUUCCUCUUCUGCCCAAUGUCCAGGUCGUCGUAGACCGCGGAGUUGUGAAGCCGGAACCGCGACCGGGCUUCAUGAUUGCGCCGAAGUCCACGCCGAAGGAGAAGAUCUGGUCCAGGGCCAAGCCGGGCGAGAAAGCCAUCUUCUACAUCAUAGGAGGAGGUUAUCAAAUGGGCCAGCCCGUGCAGUGGUUUGUCACCUGGGAGCUCGCCACCAGACUCGGCCUCCGCAUUUUCCGUCCGAUGCUCGACUACCUCGCCGCGUGGGAUUACAUGGUGACGGAACUUGGCUUCGAGCCUCAGCUGGACGAGCAGGGGUUCAAGCGUCUUGGCCUCCCCGGCGCAGUCUUCGCGAGCGCGCCGUGGUGCGAUGUCACCGGCUCCUUCCCCAGUAUCUCCCGCAAUGCGCACAAACCGUCCUUCUCUCGUCACUACUCCUACCCGGCACAGCGCGAUCCGCUUAUGUCGCCCGCUUUUGCGCUGAAGAGCGACAGGCACUUCGCCCGCUUGUCCGAAAAGGGCGUCAAGAUGCACGUCGACUAUGGCGAGGACGAGAAGCUGCAUGAUGAGGUCGAGGCUACAGUCGGAAUCAUGCGCAAUCAGGGGCUCGAAGUCGAUGCGCUCGAGUACGUCUUUGCACGCACGCCGAUCAAGUUCUGGCCUGGUAUUGGGUUUUCCUGGCCCAUCGUUGCGGAGGCGACGGAGAGGCUUGUUCGGGAGACCUGGCCGAAGCACGUCAUUCCUGGCGAGGGGGUGAUCAGGGCUCUUCAGGAGGAGAAAGAUAUCAAGGAAGGCAAGGUGAAGAAGUAA